AUGGUGUGCCAGACUCAGGCACUUCAGUCUGACGUGUGGAAUUCCCAGCCUAUUCUUUCUAAAUAUUAUCAGUGGGGUGACUUCAUCUAUGGAGGCAUUAUUUUUCAGUCAGUCUUCCUAUCAGCUGUACAGAACUUCAGGACACAACCUUUCGGUCAGCUACCAAAAAAUAGUAUAAUAACCGAGAACUAUCAGAACAUCUUGGCUUUAGAUUUUGCUGCAAAAGAGAUCAAUCGAAAUCCUCACAUGUUACCCAAUGUUACAAUGGGAUUCAAUAUUUACGAUGAUGGUUUGAAUGCAAGGUGGACCAAUCAGGCUACAAUGAAACUUAUUUCUUCAAGCAAUAGAUUUGUCCCCAAUUACAAAUGUAGCAUCCAGGACACUUUGUUGGCCGUGAUUGAAAAUCUGAGCUCUUACUUUUCAUAUGAGGUACAAAAUGCCUUUGGUAUCUACAAGAUCCCACAGCUCAUGUAUGCCUGUUCUUCAGCUGAAACUAAAUAUACCAGUCCUCUAUCCAUCCAUCAAAUGGUUCCAAAUGCAGCCCAUCAAUACAGAGGGAUUAUCCAGUUACUACUGCAUUUCAAGUGGAGAUGGAUUGGAUUCUUUGCUGCAAAUGAGGAUAUUUUAGAGUGGUUUGUGAAGAAAAUACUUGCAGAAUUUUCUUUAAGUGGCAUCUGUUUUUCUGUCAUUGAAUUAUUCACCAGUAUUUCUUAUGAUACCAGCAGGGGAGAGAUAAUGAAAUCUGCAGCAGCAUUUUUUGAGAAAGUCACUAAUAAUAAAGCCAAUGUUUCAGUCAUUUUUGGAGAAAUACAUACAAUGGUAACAUUGAGAUGGUGGCUAGAUCAUGAAAGCAGACAAACAGUGCAAAAGUCAAAAGGAAAGGUCUGGAUUCUGACAGCUGGGAUGGAACUAAAAAAUGUGGGCAAUGGGAGAACCUGGGAUACACAACAAUUGCAUGGUGUUUUAUCCUUUGUGAUUCACUCCAAUGAACUUCCAGGAUUCCAGCAAUUUCUUCAGAAGACAACUCCUUCCAGUUCUAAUGGAGAUGGUUUCAUUGAAGAGUUUUGGAGUCAGGCAUUUGGAUGUACUUUUCAGGGUUCUCUUCAGAACAAUGUGGGUGGAAAUACCUGCACAGGAGAAGAGAAAUUGGAGAGCAUUCCUGAGCAUGUCUUCCCAAUGAGCAUAACAAGCCAGAGCUAUAGCAUUUACAAUGCUGUCUAUGCUGUGGCUCACGCUUUACAUGUCAUGUAUUCCUCCAGAUUCAAAACCAAAACAAUGGCAAAGAUGGACAAGAAGGAACUUCAGAAUCAAGUGGUGUGGCAACUCCAUUCCUUUCUGAAAUCUGUCUCAUUCAACAACAGUGCUGGAGAAAAACUUCACUUUGAUGAGAAUGGGAAGCUUGUUGCAGGGUUUGACAUUAUAAAUUGGGUCACAUUUCCAAAUAACUCUUUCAUUGGAGUGAAAGUUGGAAGGAUGGAUCCCCGGUUUCCUCCAGAUGAAGAAUUCCGUAUUGAUGAGGAUGCCAUUGUGUGGCACAGCUGGUUCAAUCGGGUACAGCCCCUCUCUGUGUGUAAUCCCAGUUGCCAACCUGGUUACAAGAAGGAAAAGAAGGAAGGAGAGCCCUUAUGUUGCUAUGAUUGCAUUCCAUGUCUAGAAGGGUGGAUAUCUGACAUGGAAGAUUUGGAUGACUGUUUCAAAUGCCCAGAUGAUCACUAUGCAAAUAUGGGCCAGAAUUCAUGUAUUCCCAAGACUAUAACAUUCUUAUCUUAUGAAGAACCUCUGGGCAUAAGUUGUGUCAUUUGUUCUCUUUCAUUUUCUUUGAUAGUGGCUAUGAUGUUAAGAUUGUUUGUGAAGCAUCAUAAUACUCCCAUAGUGAAAGCCAACAACCGGGAUCUCACCUACACUCUUCUCAUCUUGCUCCUCCUCUGUUUCCUUUGCACAUUGCUCUUCAUUGGUCAGCCUAAGAGGAUAACAUGUCUUUUUCGUCAAACUGCCUUCAGCAUAAUCUUCACAAUGGCUGUUUCCACUGUAUUGGCAAAGACUAUCACAGUGGUUCUAGCUUUCAUGGCCACACAGCCAGGAUCUAGGAUCAAGAAAUGGAUGGGGAGAAAACUGACGAGUUCCAUUGUUUUUUCUUGCUCCAUGGUCCAAGCGGGCAUUUGUCUUUUAUGGUUGACAGCCUCUCCCCCUUUUCCAGAGAUUGAUAUGCAUUCAUCAAAAGAAGAAAUUGUUUUGCAAUGCAAUGAGUCAUCAUCUGUAAUGUUUUUCUGUGUCCUGGGCUACAUGGGCUUUCUGGCCAUUGCAAGCUUCACUGUGGCUUUUUUAGCUCGGAAGCUACCAGAUAGUUUUAAUGAAACAAAAUGCAUUACUUUCAGCAUGUUGGUGUUUUGCAGUGUUUGGCUGUCCUUUUUUCCAAGCUACCUGAGCAGUAAGGGAAAGUCUAUGGCAGCUGUGGAAGUCUUCUCCAUCUUAGCUUCCAGUGCUGGAUUGCUAUGUUGCCAGUUUUCCCCCAAAUGUUAUAUUAUUUUGUUGAAGCCUGAACUGAACAAAAAGGAGAAUUUUUUAAAGAGGAAACAUUGA